CGCAGCCGCUCUCACUUUCGCGGACGAGAGGCUGACUCUUCUUCCAGCCGACUGACAACUGCAAACUGCGGCCCGACUGCCUGCCCAAGUCGCAGCCAGCCGGCCAUCCGUCGGCACCGCGCAACGCAAAAAGGGAGCAGGCGAGAUGCGGCUCGAGAACAUGGCCUCCUCUCUCAGGCCCCUGCCCAUCUUCGCCUGCCUCUACCUGUUGCUCGUCGGACUUGCCUGGUACCUGCCGAACGUCUCCGCCGUCGCUUCAUGCAGCGAUUACAAAUGCGACUGCAAAGGAAUAAAAGGAGAUCUAGGCACACCCGGUAUUCCGGGUAUGCAAGGCCCUGGGGGAGAACACGGUGAACUUGGUCCCGAUGGUCCGCCAGGACCAAAAGGUGAAAAAGGUCAAGGAGGUGAAAUCGGUCUUACCGGCGAGAAAGGUGUUCGGGGAGAAGCAGGCAUCCGAGGUGCCAGAGGUCGAUAUGGAGAUUCGGGACGAGCUGGGCCUACGGGACCUAGAGGGCCUGAUGGCCUUGAUGGAUGUAAUGGUACCGAUGGGCGACAUGGCUUGGACGGUUAUCCAGGCGUUCAUGGUCUACGUGGACCUUUCGGUCCAGAUGGUCCUAAAGGUUUGCCUGGCGAUGCCGGUGAAGGUGGUGUCAACACUAAAGGCGUCAAGGGAAUCCGCGGCGAACCGGGUGUCGACGGCCUCUCUGGAGUUCCUGGUGAAACUGGACUUCCUGGCGAUAUUGGUUAUCCUGGACCUACUGGUGAUUUUGGUCCUCUUGGACAACGAGGCUUGCCAGGUCUUGAAGGUGAUCGAGGCGAUACAAUGUACGGUCCAAAGGGAGAAAUUGGCGAGCAAGGAGACCGCGGUGAGAAAGGUUUACCCGCAUCGUCAGGAAGCAUCAGGAAGAACACAACAGCACGAGCGGGUCCACCAGGGAUUAGAGGCUACCGUGGACAGAUUGGCGAUCGCGGCUUGAAAGGCGAAAUGGGAGACAAAGGAUUAGCCGGCCACGCUGGUAGAGAUGGAUUGAAAGGAAUGAAAGGUGAGCAAGGCGACGAUGGUCCGCGAGGAAAGCAAGGUAUUACAGGACCAGCUGGUCCACCUGGCACCAAAGGCCAAAAGGGUGCUCCUGGAUAUUUUGGAAAAGUAGGACCUAUGGGACCACAAGGAGAAAAGGGAGAUACCGGAAGAGCUGGUGCACCUGGAAGACAAGGAGCUGCUGGUGAAAAAGGUGCUUAUAUUCCAGAACUUGAUGAGAUAAUCCGAGGUAGCAUUGGCAUCCAGGGUGAUGUUGGUUUUAUGGGUGAGCAAGGACCCGCAGGGACACCGGGUCGUCCAGGAAACGUUGGUUACAUCGGACCUUCUGGACCACCUGGCCCUCCAGGUGCUCCGGGAGAACCCGGGCAAAGAGGAUCAUCAGUUAAAGGAGAACGAGGAGAUGAUGGGCCAAACGGUCCUCCUGGUAGAGUGGGACCUAUCGGUUUACCAGGUCCUAUGGGACCACCAGGUGAAAAAGGUUUCCCCGGGUUAACUGUCGUUGGUUCACCUGGAAGAGAUGGUAUUCCUGGCAGAGAUGCUUUUGAUGGUCUUCCUGGUGAUCGUGGUGAACCCGGAAACGAAGGUCCCAAAGGAUAUCCGGGUGUAGGUAAACCUGUGAAAGGUCCUCCUGGAGAACCAGGUAUACCUGGUAUACCCGGAAAGCCAGGUGUUUCGGGAAAACGGGGUCUCGAUGGGCUGCAUGGACUUAAAGGAACAAGAGGUGAUGAUUGCGGAGUUUGUGCUGAAGGAGCGCCGGGAGAGAAGGGUGAAAUGGGGUUACCAGGAUUUGAUGGUUUUCCUGGAGUACCUGGAUUUGCGGGUCUACCAGGUCCCCGUGGACCUAAAGGAAUAAGAGGGAAAGAUGGUCCUAAAGGAGCUCCAGGUCUCCGUGGAGAAGACGGACACCAUGGACUUGUAGGUCUACCAGGUGCUAAAGGUCAAGAAGGUCGUCUUCAAAUGCCUCCCUCAUCGUCACAUUUAGAAUCUCCUGCUGGUGAUAAAGGUGAUAAAGGUUACCCGGGAACUGUUGGGCCUAGAGGUCCAAAAGGCCAUUUUGGACCAUUUGGAGAUUAUGGAUACAAUGGUCCAAAAGGAGAAAAAGGUGAUCACGGUCUCCCUGGUAUUCCGGGACGUGACGGAGUACCUGGUUGGCCAGGAGUCGAUGGAUUGAAAGGUGAAGACGCAAAUACUCCGAAAGAAUUCUUAAAAGGAAUUCGAGGUUUUGAUGGAGCUAGAGGAGCAAAGGGAGAAAGAGGAAAUCCAGGAAUGCCGGGAUCACCAGGGGAUUCCUCACAGCAUAAUUUAUUGCCAUUCAAAGGAAGCAAAGGAGAAAAAGGGUAUCCAGGAGAUAAUGGUUAUGAUGGCAUUAAAGGAGAGAGGGGUGAUCAAGGAAUAGAUGGUUUGAUGGGCGUAUCGGGUGAACAAGGACUGAAAGGUUUUUCAAUUCAGGGUCCGGAGGGUUUGAAAGGUUAUUUUGGAAUGCCCGGCGAAGAAGGUCCUCGAGGAACACCCGGAGUUCCAGGUGGUCCAGGACUUGAUGGAAUACCAGGAUUAGCUGGUCCAAAAGGAGAUCGUGGUGAUAUGGGCAAUGUAUAUUAUUAUGGAGACAUCGGUGAAAUUGGUCCAAUAGGUGAAUUUGGUGACGAUGGUGAUGAAGGACCACCCGGUUUUCGUGGUGCACCAGGUGCUCCUGGACCAAAAGGUAAUAAAGGAGAGAUAGGACCAAUCGGUUGGUCUGGAUAUCCAGGAGUAUCAGGAGCAAAAGGUCCAAGAGGCGAUAGUUACCAAGGACCACGUGGUGAACCUGGUUACCCAGGACCACCAGGUCAACCAGGAUUAGUUGGCGAACCCGGGUUCGAAGGUGUUGAUGGAGCACCAGGUUAUGAAGGUAUGAAAGGCAUUCGUGGUGAUAUUGGCCCUUCUGGAAGACGUGGUCCAGAUGGAGAAGAUGGAGAACCUGGUUUUAUUGGAAUGGAUGGUCCAGUUGGUCUACCUGGUGCACCAGGUGAAGAUGGCGAAAUUGGCGAUGAAGGAGAUGUAGGUCCAGAUGGUUUAAUAGGAUUUCCGGGAGAACCUGGAUUAAGAGGACCGAAAGGAGAAAGAGGAUAUGUUGGAAUUCCUGGACCAACAGGACCUCCUGGACCACCUGGAUGGCAAGGUCAAAAAGGCGACAAAGGUUUUAUGGGACUAAAAGGUGAAAGAGGAGAAAGUUCAUUUAGUGGACCGCAAGGUGAUAUUGGUGAACCUGGACUGCCGGGAGAAGUGGGAACAAUUGGAAUGCCUGGAGUCGACGGUAAACCUGGUCCCAUAGGAAAUCCAGGAUUAGCUAUUCAUGGUUACGUAGGCAGGAAGGGAAUGCGUGGGGACUUUGGUUAUUCAGGACGAAAUGGCACUAUGGGUCAAAAGGGAGAAGUAGGUGAUUUAGGAUUUGAUGGAUUGAAAGGAGAACGAGGUGACGAUGGUCCGAAAGGUUGGAUAGGUAUUCCCGGUAAUUACGGACGCUCAGGCUUGAAAGGAAAGCGAGGACCAGCUGGCCCCGCAGGUCUAGACGGGCCUAAAGGAAAUCGUGGUUUCGAUGGUGAUCCUGGUUUAAUGGGACGUCCAGGCAUGCCUGGAGAGAUGGGUCCCCGAGGACAACCAGGUAUACCUGGCCAACAAGGACCAAAAGGUAUACAAGGAGAUCGUGGCUAUCCUGGAUUUGCAAAUGCAACUUUCGGUGAUGCUGGUACUCCUGGAUUAAUUGGUACCGACGGUAAAAAGGGAGAAAGAGGUCUAAUUGGAUACAUGGGCAUGCCUGGUCCACAAGGAGAAAGAGGAGAACGUGGAAUGCAUGGUCCUGAUGGCCCAGCUGGAUACCCAGGUUUGAAAGGCAUUAAUGGAGAUAUCGGUUACAUGGGACCUCCAGGGCCUCCUGGAGAAUUUGCUCCUCGCGGAGAAGACGGUGUUCCUGGAUUAGAUGGUAGACCCGGAAUAUCUGGACGUUCUGGAUUCAAAGGAAGCCCUGGAGAUUAUGGUUAUGAUGGAUCCAACGGACUUCCAGGAGAACCUGGAUAUUCCUAUCCAGGACCAAAGGGUGAACGUGGAGAUGAUGGUCUCCCAGGAUAUGUUGGUUUCCCUGGAGCACCUGGUCUCGAAGGUAGACCGGGACGACCAGGUCUAACGGGACCCAAAGGUUUCCAAGGAGAACCAGGUUUUCCUUCAUAUGCCAUGAAAGGAGAAAUGGGUGACUAUGGAUUGCCUGGUUUGGAUGGUCUAAUUGGUGAAAAAGGAGAAGAAGGUGAUAGUGGUCUAGAUGGUUUUAUGGGCCCUCCAGGACUAAAAGGUGAACGUGGUGAUUACGGAGAACCUGGAGCACCAGGUUUACCUGGUAGACCAGGAUAUAAGGGUGUAAAAGGUGAACGUGGUCACUUUAUUCCUGGACCUAGAGCUCAGAAAGGAUUUCCAGGAGAUGAUGGCUAUAUAGGUUUGCCGGGUAUUCAAGGAUUACCUGGUUUACAAGGAGAACAAGGUAUAGAUGGACGUCCAGGAAGAGAAGGAGAAAUAGGUAUGCACGGACCUCCUGGUCCAGAUGGAUUCCCUGGAGACAAUGGGCCAGAUGGACCACCAGGUCGACCUGGAGCCACUGGACGCGUUGGCUCACCUGGAUUUCCUGGAUUUCCUGGUUCUCCCGCACCUCCCGGUCCGGGACCAAAAAAUCGAGGAUUCCAAUUUGCUAGACACUCGCAAUCUGCAAUGAUACCACAGUGUCCAAAAAAUACUGUAAAAAUAUAUGAUGGCUUUUCAUUCUUACAUAUCAUGGGAAACAGUUAUGCACAUUCUCAAGACUUAGGUACUGCCGGAAGUUGCAUAAGAAAGUUCUCGGUUAUGCCGUUCAUGUUCUGUAACUUAAACAACGUUUGUGACUACGCGAAUCGCAACGAUUACAGUUACUGGCUGAGCUCGAACGAGCAGAUGCCUGUGUCAAUGACACCGAUUCCGGCACGUGAAGUUGGUGCUUUUAUCUCACGUUGCUCCGUUUGUGAGGCGCCAACACGUUUGGUAGUUUUGCACAGUCAAUCGAUGGCCAUACCUGAAUGUCCUGGAGGUUGGGAAGAGCUCUGGGCUGGAUAUAGUUUUCUUAUGCAUCGAGACUCGGGAGCAGCUGGUGGUGGUCAACCACUUUCAUCUCCAGGCUCCUGCUUAGAAGAAUUCCGCGUAAGACCAUUCAUCGAGUGUCGCAGCCAGGGCACCUGCAACUUCUUUUCUACUGCGAUUUCUUACUGGAUGGCCACUAUUAAGGACAACGAAAUGUUCCGUAAACCUCAGUCGCAGACACUCAAAAAUGAUCACACAUCUCGUGUGUCACGUUGUUCCGUCUGCAUCAGACGUCACAUCCAAGAUCAGGGUUCGCGACUGCCACCUAAUCACAGCAACAAUUACGAUGGACUAAGACAUCCGACUGCCAGCUAUCAGCCUGGAGAUAGUAUUAAUGAAAUUGAGAGUAGCGACUAUUAUCAACAUCAGCGGAAUCCUGGCCGAUAUCCCGGACAGCAACAUACGGCUCAAUCUCCAAAUGCCAGUCCAUAUGACAGAAACUCUUACAACAGAGACCAGUACAAUAGAGAUUCAUAUAGUAACCAAUAUGACAGAAGUCAGAGUAGAGACCAAUAUGGUAGAGAACCGUAUGAUAGAGGUCAAAUCACCAAAGUUCAAUAUGGUAGAGUUCAGACUAGCAGAGAUCAGUACGGUAGAGAACCAUACGGUAAACAGCAAAAUAGUACUGACCUAUACGGAAGGCAGGUGAACACCACCGACCAGUACGGCAGACCGAUUGGUAACGCGAACCAACAAGCUCGAGACCAGUACGGUAGAGACCAACAUCGCAGAUACCAGAAUAGCAGGACCUAUUACGACAAAGGAAAUCAAAGGAGGAGAGAAAGAGCUCCUAUUGAACAGGAUGAAAUCGACCAAUGAUUGAGUUUAUUCUAGUUGAACGACACGAAGUUUUAUCUUCAAUUAGUUAGAUUUACUUGCUUUUGUAUAGUAACAUUGUUUAUUUUAAAGUGAAUCUAACUGAAUUAUAGUUUGAAUGGAUAUUAUUAUUUGAGUCAAUGAGUUUAAAAACAGUCAUUCACUCGUGGUUCAUUGUGAACCUGUAACUAAAUUACCAUUUCCACCUUAUUUGAUGCUUAUAACCGAAGCUUUAUUUUACAAUAUAUAAUGUAUUAGUAACAUUAUUUGAGUCGAAAAUCAUCUUAAAUUGAAAUAUUAUAUACUGCCUAAAAGAAAGUUUAUUUCAUAAUUAGUUAAACAAAUCUUCACUAAUUUACGGCAGAUAUCUGAUACUUUAUUGAAGUUAAAGUUGUAAAUGAAAUUUUAAAGAUCGUACUUGUAAAUUACAUGAGAAAAUUUUAGAAUAUUUUAUUAAAAUCUCUUUGAUACUUAAUUGAAACUCAUAAUAUUUGAUACUAGUUUAAUUGUGUAACACAAAUCUGAAUUCUCACAGUCACAGAAAGUUAGCAGAUCCCUUAGAAUAUUGAUAUUUUUGCUCAGAAUUGAAAUUGCAAAAAAUAAUAAAAUUGUACUUCCUAUUUUUCCUUUCUUUCAUCAAAUAAAUGUUUUUUCCAUCGCACACGCGUGCGCAUACAGUCGUAUAAAGAAAAAUGUUUGUACACUUGAAAUCGGUAUAAUUACAUAAGUUCUUGUAAAGUAAAGAAUUUGAGAUAUAGUGUGAGAUACAGUUUGCAAUCAAUUGUUGCAAGAAAAAAAUAUUUUAUAUGUGAAUAAGUGACAUUUUAAGAUAAUCUACACUGCCGAUGCACUUAUUGAAUAACCAAAGUGCAUAGUGCCAUGCAACGAUUGUUUAUAGUAAGUGUUCAAUAAGAAAUCUAUCGUAAAAAUUAAGCAUCUUAUAUAUAUAUAAAUUUGUUUGAUCCAAUAAAAAUUUUUUUAUAAAUAUAAAAGUUGUAUUAUAAGUACUAUUGAAUAAAGUAUAAAUGAU